AUGUUAUUUCAUUCCAAUUCGAACGCGUUCACAACGGCGGACACUCUCGAAAAUGAAGAUAUAUGUUCGCAGUUACUUCGAAUCAUACUUCACAGCAAUCGAACAUUAUGUAGUGAGAGCGCUGAUCGCCGUGGUAAAAAGCAACACAUCAUUUCUCUAUCAAUCUUUGGUCCAAAAGAGAAUUCAUUGUUUGCUGAUGAUAAAUUUUCUCAAUUAAUUACACCACUAAUGCAUGAAACAACAGUAUUUUUUCCGAAAUGGAUAAUACGUUUGUAUGCAGAUGAAUUGACAAUCAGUCGACUGAAUUUACAAAAUCUACCAAAUGUAUCAAAGAAUAUCGAUAUAUGUAAUAUUAAUCAAAUACCAACAUUAGGUGAUAUGGGUGCAUAUUUAUCAGGCAAAUUGUGGCGAUUUCUUCCAGCACUUGAUCCGACAGUUGAGUUUGUCUCAUCGCGCGAUCUGGACUCACCAUUGACACAUCGUGAACAGAUAGUCAUCGAAGAGUUUAUCAAUUCAUCAUAUUUAUUUCUAACAAUGCGUGAUCAUCCAUUACAUAACGUUCCAGUCCUCGGUGGUCUAUGGACGGCUGCGCUGGAUCGAAAUCGUCUUUUAUUUCUUCGUUUGUUCAGUAUUCUACUCGAUCGAACUCGUGUUCAACGAUAUAUACUCAAAAAAGAUCAAAAUCUAUUAGAAGAACUAGUAUGGCCUAAAGUGAAAGAUGACGCUUUAGUCUACGAUUCCUAUCUGUGUGAACAGUUUCGUGAAGGACACGUACGCGCCUUCCCCACUCAACGACCAGCAAGAGAUUGUCAUGUAGGUUGUGUGAGACCCUGUUGUCAAAAUUCAUCAAAAAUUAUUCUCGAUGGGCCAUGCCCGCAACAAUGCCGACCGAAAUAUCGUCCUGAAUGGACUUAUUGUUGA